CGCACGGCCAUUGUAGUCGUGCUCCGCAGUUUUGCAAUCAUCAAACAACAGACACUAGCAGCUUUACUACCUUUCGCACUGCCAAUACUAAAGCAUGCUUACCUUGCAUGCGCUGUUUGGCUCAAGUCGCUCCAGUAUGGCACUGACGAAGAAGUCGCUAGAAAUACGGGAAUCCUUUUCGCGUCUCCAGCCAUGAGCACCUUGCGUACACUCUCUGUCACGACCGAGCAGGAUGCCACUCUGUGCCUUGCUCUCGGAAAUACAUUAGCAUUGUUCGUCUAUUCGGGCAUUGGCUAUGGCGUCGCAGAUAUCUGCCACUACUGUAUUAGUGCAGUGAGCACAAUCGUAACUUCUACGCCACCGAGUUUGCCUCUGGAAUCAUGGAAAAGCUUCCUUGAACUUCUGGAGGUGAUGGAAUGUUUGAUACAUCGCAGGUCGCCAACACUAAGAGCUCCGCAGCAGCUACAAGAGCGCGUGGAUAGAAAGCUUGGCCUCUGCCUGCCUCUACUGCCACAUUAUCAGGAUCUCUGCAUCGUCAGCCAUUCCCUAUCGAACGAGACCGAUGCAAGUUGCAUAGCUCGCAUUCAUGCUCAGCUGGACAAAAUUCAUACCGCCGUGGAUGAAUGGAUCCCGUCGCACGCACGUCAGAUACUUGACCACUUCGACUCCACUGAGCUCGUCCAUCUUCUUGCGCAAGCCAAGGUUUACCGACUAGCUACACUAUUGGUGGCUCAUAGGUUAAGACACGACUUCGAGAGCGAAGAUGACAAGGCUGGUGUCUGGUCAAAGGAAGUAAUGAGGGAGCUUGAGCUUACGAAGCAUAUGACGAAGCAACCGCUACGAUUUGUCACGCUACCGUUCAUAGUAGCAGCCAUUGAAGUCAGAGGUACGGAAGCGCGCGUUAGCACACUGCAGGCGGUCAAAGAUUAUGUCGAUGGUUUUGCACCAGUCAUCCAGCGAGCGACGACAACUUUUCUCUCGCGGAUCUGGCACGAACGAGAUACCACGACGACAGCUCGCUGGUUCGAUUCAAUUUCUAAGCCAUGCGUUGUUCUGCAUUCAAUAGACACUGCUCUCUGUGCCUGA